GGGGCGCUUCCGGCCGGCGGCGGCGGCCAGGCGUCCUCAGCUGAUAAAGCACCAUGUGCACGAGAGAGGCCCCCACGGCUCAGGCAGUAAAACCUCUAUUAGCUGGAAACCACCUCCCAGGGCCGCUGUACUCUCCGGUCUGUGUUUGAGGGGAGUCACGGCCACCGUCCCUGCAGAGAAGGCCGGAGGUCCAGCCGUGGGGGCGCCCAGGGUGGCUGACGCUGGUCCCCCUGCAGAGAGGGUCGGGAAGCUGCUGGAGCUGGAGAGAGGAGCUGAGAAGGGGCCCUGGCUUGUGCUGGCCCUGCGUCAGCUCUGGCAGGUGAGGGUGGGGGAGGAAGAGGCGGGAAGGCCACCAGCCCCUGCCCAGGUGCGACCCCCUCGGCUGGGACGAGCCCCUCCUCAUGGCCUCCAAGCCGAUUGCCGGGCGGGGCCCUGGGGAGAAGCGCAAGAGGGUGGUGCUGACCCUGAAGGAGAAGAUGGACAUCUGCCGGCGCCUGGAGAAGGGCGAGAGCAGGCGGGCACUGAUGCAGGAGUACAAUGUGGGCAUGUCCACCCUGUACGACAUCAGGGCCCACAAGGCCCAGCUGCUCCGCUUCUUCGCCAGCUCCGACUCGGACAAGGCGCUGGCGCAGCGCCGCACCCUGCACACGCCCAAGCUCGAGCACCUGGACCGCGUGCUCUACGAGUGGUUCCUGGUGAAGCGGUCUGAGGGCGUGCCCGUCUCCGGCCCCAUGCUCAUCGAAAAGGCCAAGGACUUCUAUGAGCAGAUGCAGCUGACUGAGCCCUGUGUGUUUUCUGGCGGCUGGCUCUGGCGCUUUAAGGCCAGACACGGCAUCAAGAAGCUGGAUGCAUCCAGCGAGAAGCAGGCGGCCGACCAGCAGGCGGCCGAGCAGUUCUGCGGGUUCUUCCGGAGCUUAACCGCGGAGCAUGGCCUGUCCCCCGAGCAGGUCUACAACGCUGACGAGACUGGUCUCUUCUGGCGCUGCUCCCACAGCCCCAACCCCGAGGGCGGGCCGGCGCCCGGCCCCACGCAGAGCAAGGACCGGCUGACUGUCCUCAUGUGCGCCAAUGCCACAGGCUCCCAUAGGAUCAAGCCCUUGGUGGUCGGGAAAUGGGGUGGCCCCAAGGCGGUGCAGGGCCUCCAGCACCUGCCUGUCGCAUACAAGGCCCAAGGCAGCGCCUGGGUGGACAAGGAGAUUUUUGCUGACUGGUUCCAUCACAUCUUCGUGCCCGCAGUGAAGGAGCACUUCCGAGCCGUGGCCCUGCCAGAGGGCAGCAAGGCCAUCCUCCUCCUGGAUGGCUCCCGGGUGCACCCGCACGAGGCUGAGCUAGCCUCGGAGAACGUCUUCACCAUCUUCCUGCCUGCCAGUGUCACCACCCUGCUCCAGCCCAUGGACCAGGGCAUUCGGAGGGACUUCAUGAGGAACUUCGUCACGCCCCGCGGCAGGCUGCAGGCCUUGGCCCCCCGCUGCAGUGUGCACGAUGCCGUGCUUGACGUGGCCUGUGCCUGGGAUGCGGUGCCGGGCGCCGUCCUCAGCCGGGCCUGGAGGAAGCUGUGGCCUGAGGCUGCACUCAUGGAGGGCUCAUCCUCCGAGGAGGAGCCGGAGCGCCUCAGGACUAAGCCCCCAGACCAGGCCUUUGCGCACACCCCCGGGCUCGCAGCAGGUGCCCCAGCCCACCUCGGGAGUGCGGCCUCAGGGAGCCCGGUGCUGGCGGAGGCUGGAGGGGCAGACAGGGCGGCCUGGGAGCAGGCGGCGGUGUCCUUCGAUGCCGUGGUGCGCUUCGCGGAGGCGCAGCCCUGCUUCUCAGCGCAGGAGCUGGGCCAGCUGCGCUCGCUGCGAUCUGUCUGCUGUCAAGCUUGA